UACGGAGGUGCGGUGCGCGAAGAGGAGUUGUGCGAGUGCGCCAAGGCCGAGGAUUGGAGUGCGGGCUGAAAUAACGAAUUGACGAGAGUUGGCCUCUCCUGUGGGAGGAUGAGCAUCGCGAGCACCUCGCGGACGACGUAAGUGCGCGGCUCAUUGAAGAUACGCGCUCGCCGUAAUCGACGAUACGAGCGUGGUGUCGUGGAUGUGGCUGUGUUGCGAGAAUAGUGGUGUCAGGUGCUGGAAGACGGAGCUGAGGCGGACGACGGCUCUCGCAGCCGAGGACCGGAGCUACCAUGGUGUCCACCUCCAUAGUCACCCUCGUGUUCCUCGUGUGCCUACAAACGGUGCUGCUCUCGACCGUGAGCAACUGCGCCAAGACCAUCAGCAUGUACUGGAACACGACGAACUCGAUAUUUCGAAUAGACAAUACGGAUCAUAUAAUAGAUGUGAACAAGAACAACGCGGCGUUCGAGUACGACCAAGUGAAUAUAAUUUGUCCGGUCUACCAGCCGGGCACGUACGAUGACGAAGCGGAGAAGUAUAUUAUUUACAACGUGUCCAAGGAGGAGUACGAGACGUGUCGGAUAACGAACCCGAGUCCCCGGGUCAUAGCCAUUUGCGACAAACCCUUCAGGACGAUGUACUUCACCAUAACGUUCAGGCCGUUCACGCCGCAGCCCGGCGGCCUGGAGUUCCACCCGGGCCGCGAUUACUACUUCAUUAGCACCUCCUCGAAGGACGACCUCCACAGGCGCAUAGGUGGACGUUGCACCACCCACAACAUGAAGGUCGUAUUCAAGGUCUGCUGCAACAACGAGGGCGAUUCGUCCUUCUACCCGGCUACAUCACGCAACAACUCAGUCGGGGUGACGAGCAGCAGUACGAUGAGCAGCAGCGGCGGUGGUAUUGGCGUCGGCGUCGGCGGUGGUGGUGGCGGUCUCGGUAUCGGCGUCGGUGGCGGUGGCGUCAACGGAGGCAGUGGUAUUGGCGGCAGUGGCAGUGGCAUCGGCGGUGGUGGUGGUGGCGGCGGCAGUGGCGGUGGAGGAAGCGCCGGCGGCAGCGGCAGCUCGGGCAACACGGCGAUACUAAAUGGGAACAACGGCGGUGCCAUAUCCCCGGCACUGCCCCCCUCGAUCUACAAGGGAGGCGAUCGCUUCUACCCGGGCAACGUCCAUCACGGUCACGACCACGGACAGCACCAGCCGACGGAUCAGGGCACAUCGCCCGGCCUCUCGCACGUGCCCCAGCAGCCGAUGUUCCCCAACUAUCCGCACCAGCAGCCUCAGCCGCCGAUGUACCCGGGUCCACCGGCCUCCCAGCCACCCAAGACCUCCAUCACCCAGAAGAAGAAAAACAAAGAGUACUCAGACCACCCCAACGAGGUGGUGAAGAACGAGGAAUUGACGUACAACGGGGCGAGCUCACCGAGACUGCGGUUCCUGAUCCAGGAGCAGCAGCUCGCGUGGACGCUGGCGCUGCUGUGCGGCGCACUUCUGCCCCAUUUGCUACGGUGAAGCGACUCAUGGGCCACUGGUCGUCGAAUCGAGCCUCGUCAACGAGCAAACUAAACAACGGAAUAAAACCCCCUUCUUCUGUGAUUGUAAUCCUACGUUUGUAAUUCAUUUCCGCUGGAGCGCCGGUUCCGUUCUCGGAACGCACGAGCCUUCGCGUAUCCCGUUGCGUGUAUGCGCCUGCAACUACGACUAUAUAUUUCCGAUUAAAAACGAAUGUGUGCGAGUAUGCGCGACUCCGACCUCCCACCCAUCCACCCACCCACCAAUCCACCCACCCACCC